CUGGGAAAGGGAAUGGGAUAUUGACUGUUGGGCAUGGAAGUAGGCCUACACAUUACGUCGGACGGACCGCUCACGGAAAAAUUUUGGAAAACUAGAAAACAGUGCGUAUUGCAUUGGUGAGGCAUUUGUGCGGUAUUUCGGAAUUUUUCCAGCGAGUCGGGUUAUUUUCUUCGUUUUUUCUACGAUUUUUCCUACCUUCUGGAGCUUGCCUGCAAGGAUAAUGAAAUUAGAUAUUUUAAGUUAUUAAUUCUAGUGCUGAAAACCGACUAUUGUUAGAUGAAAGUGUUGAGUGUUUCGAAUCAGCAGAAUGUGUAGAAGCAACAUGUGUGUAAAUAAGAUAGUGAUUACGUGACAUAAACUGUUUAAGCACGCUAUCCGCCGAAACUCUCACUGUUUAAAUUUGGCGACAUUACACCAAAAUGGAUACUAGCCCCAGCUCGGGAGAUCAACAAGGAGCAGAAGCACCGCAGCCGGGACCUUCAGGCGAAUCGCCAUCGGAACCACAGCAAAGAACUGAAAUCGACAUAUCGGAAACGCAAGGAACUCGCCUCGGGACAUGCAAAUGGUUCAACGUGUCUAAAGGCUGGGGUUUUAUAACACCGAAGGAUGGUGGCCAGGACGUUUUCGUGCAUCAGAGCGUUAUCAAAAUGGCUGGCUUCCGUUCUCUAGGCGAGAAUGAAUUAGUCGAAUUUGAAUGCAAGAUCACCGAGAGAGGACUGGAAGCCACACGUGUUUCGGGCCCGGAACAGGCAGAUUGUUCGGGAAGUUCCCGCCGCCCACGUGUUGGAAAACGUUACCGCCGAAUGCGAUGCUACAACUGUGGAGAGUUUUCCAAUCACUUAGCAGCCGACUGCCAUCUGGGACCGCAACCAAAACGGUGCCACAACUGCCAUAGCGACGACCACUUAGUGGCGGAUUGUCCCAACUCGAAAAAGAAGUCUACAAAAGAUGACCCGUCUGGUUCGAAGGAAGAAUAAGAUAUGAUUGCGAUCCACACUUAGUGAGACUUCUUCCCUCCUUCCGGUACGCAAACCAACCAGGGUGGAUGCUCACGAGAAGGCCCUUUCAUUUUUCUGAGACAACCAAAAGCUUUUUAGUUUAAGUCAGUUUUAAAAAUUUUAAAUUCAACUGAAAUCAGUUUAAAAUAUUCAAUUUUAUGGAAGACCCGAGAAACCUCGAAAAAAAUAUCAGAAUUUUAUUGAAACGUUGAAUGCGUGCGUGUGAAAAUUUUAUUUUUUUCUUAACUAAAAAAGGAAUUGUAAAUAUUUGUAUUUUAUAGACCAGAGAGUACAAGUUUCUCAAUUAAACACUUAAUAAAA